UUUGGGGAGAGGGUUUAAACAUAACCCUGACAAGAUUCAUACAACAAUGACAGAAGGUACCAACAUGACAGAGAGUGAUGCGGCGGGGAAGGAUGUGGUGGACGCCGUGCCGGCGAGGGAGAAGCGGCAGGAGGAGGAGGCGGAGGCGGAGGAGGAGAAGAAGGAGAACGGGGAGAGCAAAGGAGCCGAGGUGGCAGCACAGGGAGCCGAUGAGGACGCCGAGUUUGUGCACCCCGAAGGCGGCUGGGGGUGGCUGGUCAUGCUGUCCGCCAUGUGGUGCAACGGGUCGGUGUUUGGGAUUCAAAACGCCUUCGGCAUCCUCUUCCUCUCCCUCCUGCGGGAGUUUGGCUCCGAGCACGACCAAGACCUCCGCUUCAAGACAGCGUGGGUGGGCUCCCUCUCCAUGGGGAUGAUCUUCUUCUGCUCUCCCAUUGUCAGCGUCUUCACCGACAUCCUGGGCUGCAGAGUGACUGCUGUGGGCGGAGCUGCUGUUGGUCUGGUCGGGUUAUUGGCCAGUUCCUUUGUCAAGUCCCUUGGCCCCAUGUACUUCACCUAUGGCAUUGUGUUUGCCUGUGGCUGCUCUUUUGCAUACCAGCCAAGCCUGGUCAUCCUGGGUCACUACUUCAAGAAGCGCCUGGGCCUGGUCAACGGCAUCGUGACGGCCGGCAGCAGCAUCUUCACCGUCACCCUGCCUUUCCUGCUGUCAGGCCUGCUGGAAAAAGUCGGCCUCCAGAACACCAUGCGCGUCCUCAGCCUCCUCAUGUUUGUCCUGAUGCUGGCUGGCUUCACCUACAAACCCCUGCUGCCUUCCAAAGUGCGCAACACCCGCACGGGCAGCUGCUGCCCGCCAUUGAGCCAGAUCUUCAACAUCAACAUCUGGAAGUCUGUGGGAUACCGAAUCUGGGCCUUUGGCAUCCCUGCAGCCCUCUACGGCUACUUCGUGCCUUAUGUUCACCUGAUGAAGCACGUGGAGGAGCGUUUUGGAGUGGAUGCCAACAAGGAGGUUCUGCUCAUGUGCAUCGGCAUCACAUCGGGCGUGGGCCGUCUCAUCUUCGGCAGGGUGGCAGACUACGUCCACGGAGUCAACAAAGUCUACCUACAGGUGUCCUCGUUCUUAGUCAUCGGCUUGAUGUCCAUGAUGAUCCCUCUGUGCAACAUCUUUGGCGGCCUGAUCGCUGUGUGCCUGCUGAUGGGGCUGUUUGACGGCUGCUUCAUCUGCAUCAUGGCCCCCAUCGCCUUCGAGCUGGUGGGAGCCAAGGACGUGUCCCAGGCCAUCGGCUUCCUGCUGGGCCUGAUGUCUGUGCCAAUGACCGUGGGACCUCCGAUUGCAGGCUUCCUGCGGGACCGGCUGGGCAGCUACGACGUGGCCUUCUACCUGGCGGGAAUCCCUCCCAUCAUCGGAGGGGCGGUGCUGUGUCUGAUACCCUGGGUGGAGGCCCGGCGCAAGAGGAGAGAGAAGGAGGAGGAGCUGAAGAAAGGACAGGACAUCACCCAGAAGAUGCUGAACUAUGAGGCGGCUCAGGGAGACGUGCCGUACAAAACCGGAGACCCCGAAUCUGUCCUCUAAGUGCCCCGCCGAACAAACUGAAACUGACACACACAGACAAAUACGUUUUCACACCGAGGCAGACACCCGGGCGGCCGCUGACCAGCAGUAUUCUACAAUACAAGUAUGAGACACAGUAUGUAUGUAUUUAGCCGUGUAUGAAUGAACCAGAUUGUAACGACUGCCCUCUCUAGGAGAAAGUCGGGAAAUGCCAAAGCUACAAUACAUAUCAGAUAGGUUUAAGUACAGUGCACAGUUUAGCGUGAAUGUAAUCCUGAAGAACUAUGCAUUAGAUUGUUGUUCAGCAUUAAUUGUUCAGCUGUCAAAUCAACUUGAAGGGUAAAAUGAAAAAUGAGGAAAAAGUCACAUUUUUAUAUUUCUCACAAGGGAAAGAGAGCAUGCUUUACUUAUGUAAAGGGCUGCAAGUUCCAAACCCUCGGCCAGUCUCUCUGCACCAGAUUCCCCACUUUCAACAGGCAUUCUCUGAAGUAUCGAGGGUUUACAUCAUUUUCACAGUGUCAUUUAGUAGUUUUAUACUUACGUCACAAAAAAGAAAGGAAAUGGAAAGAUAAAGAAAGGAAAUGAAAAAAGAAGCCCAGUGGUUUGCACACAUCCACUGAUUUUAACUGCACCAAUAUUUUAAAUGCAAAACAAACACUGACUGCUAAAACAAUCACAGAGUUACUGACGCCUGCCCUCAGAUGGAUAAUUCUGUCCCUUAGUCACAUUCUUAAAGCAUGCCAAACAUGUAAAUAGUGAGGGAAUUUGUGAGUGCUAUAUUUGAAGAGACAUAACUAUCACUUCAAAGAAGUGUUUUGUGAAACGUUGGGAUUGGGAGGUGGUUGCCGUUGGUUGUGAAGCUCUGGGAUCGUCUUGGUUAUGAAGGUGCUCACCCAGCUCACAGGAGCAGCUUUAAGCACAGCGAUAUCACACGCCACCCGAAACGUCAGCGUCAUCUCAAGGCCAGCAGCCGUUACAGGCUUGUCUAUUCCCCAGGCUGGAGCCAGGAAAUCUCAUCCUUUAUACAGCGUAGCUUGAAUGAUUUUUUUUGCAAGAGGCUGCUUGUAUGUAGUUAAAAAAAAAAAAAAAUGUGACCACUUGACACCGUGCCUGAAAAUCCUCAUCAGUAUUUUUUUUUCUUUGUUUUUACAUCUGCAUCUUCAACACUGUCAUCUCGAUUUAGCUUUAACCAGCACAGGACAGAAACACUUAAAGUACAGCACAUCUGCUUUUUGCUAUGCAACAGACAUGACGGAUGGACUUCAAAACCGAUUCAUAUGGAACCUAUUAAUGUCAUGUAAAUGAAGUUUUAUUAAUUGAUUGUUAGUGUUGAUAUUAAGCAGUAUUCCUUUUAAACCACAAACAGCGGUGAGAAAAAUAUGGUAAUUUGUUGUUGUUUUUCCACUUGGGAUUUUGGUCCAGCAUUUAAUUCCUUGACAUAACACUGAAAUCUCCUGAUUUUUUUUUUUUAUUAUUAUUAUUAAAGCAGCAAAAAAACAAACAAAAAAAAUCAAGCAGAAAAACAAACAAACAACUGAACCCAUGUGAGUAUAAUCAGAGAGGGCAUCUCCUACUAGUACUGUUGGUGUUCAGAAUAUAAAACUUUAUCAGUAACUGACAACGUCCAGGUAAUGAUUAAGCAAAGCAGGCUUGAACUGUCACCGUACUGUCUUCAUGCUGAUGUCAGAUUAUUCACCUGAGCUAAUUUGCAUGGCCAGUCUUAGUCCGUUAGAUUAAAAAAAAAAAAAAAAAAAAAA